CUCCUCCCUCUCUUCUCGCCUACCCUAACACAGCACGCUCACACUCACGCUCACGCUCACGCUGCACAGCCUCUGGCCCUCUUCCCCUCUCCCGCUUCCCAUUCGCUGCCCAGUCCCUCUUCAACGCUUACCUCCCCUGCUACCCUCGCUCGUCCUCGCUACCCUACGUCCCCACCCUAGACCACACCACUCAGCCAGGCUUGCCUAGCUGGGCUGCCGCUGCUCACUCACGUCGACCGAUCUUCGACUCGACCUACCUUCUCUCCCUUACAACCACUUCCUCCGACCAGACCUCUACCACCCUUCCGGAUCCCACGACAGCUUCGACGAACACCACGAUAUCGUCGAGUUGUCUUCUCCAACAUGAACAAGCUUGCCAAUAUGCGGCAUUGGUCCGAAAGGAUGGGCCCCGGCUUCGGAAUGGGCAGACCUAACAUGAACAUGACGACCAUCGCCCCUCAGCACAAGACCAUCCCCCACGGUGCCUCGCCCGUUCUCUCACCCACCAGAGAAGAUACACAUAUACACUACUCUUUCAACGUGCCCUUCUCGUCAGAUCUCGCCGGUCCCAACACGGAAGACAUCCUAUACGCAACGAAUGGCGCCGUACUGCGAUGGACACACCCGGAGGACGCGCCGGAUGAUGUGCCUGUACACAAGCUUCCAGUACACAAACAGAACGAAGACAACCUGAGGAAGCUUUGUGAGGAGAUCACCGCUUCGCCACUGACCGUAGAAGCAUAUGUCAGAAUCGCAGAACCCAGAAGAGUCAAAGGACAGGUUACGAAUGUCUGUCUAGCCGGAAGUCCGGAAUUGGUUCACAAGAGUCGAGAAACCAUUCUCAAUGAUACCCCAUUAGCACUGGUAAGGCUGCUUGAUAUCCCAAAGUCGAGCUGUACUGACAAACCUAGCGGUGUACGAUUGUUGAUAUCGAUGGAGAAUUAGUAAUUGACUCGGAAGCGACUGCAUUGAAGUCCCAUGUGGUGGAUCAUCUCGAUCAGAUCUCAGCGUUCUGUGGAGUUGACAUUUUCCUUCUCGGACCCAAAUUUGCAUCGUUAUCGGAGGGCUUGAACAGCAAUGGCGAUGCUGGACGGGACCACCGCUGGCGAGUAGCCAUUUACGGAGAUAUGGAAAGUGCUGAACACGCAAAGACCAGAGUUCUAAUCUUCAUCGAUAGGCUGGUGAGUGAAAUACGCGACAUCCAAAAAGCGAGUUUUGAAGCUAAUGUUAGCAGCUUGGGCGUGUUGUUGAUGGAACGAUGCUUGAGCUCUCCCUUCAUACGGUCGUCUGUGGGCGAUCUCGAAAAAACAUCAAGAUUAUCGAAUCGGCAACGAACACCGCAAUCUACUUCCCACCUCCUUUCUCACAGGUCUACAGAUAUUGCCCAGCAGGAGCACAGAGACGUAACCCGGAAGAGAUUUUUAUCACUGGUGACACCCCACAAAACAUCACCGCGGCGAAGCAGAAAAUCCACGAUUUGGUCAGCCGUACUAGAGUUUUCAUGAAGGAUGCAGUGGUUGCCGCUGCCAAAAUUGAUAGCAUUCUACUGAGCAGACUCGAUAAGGUCCGCAAAAUCAUGGAGACGAAUGGCACAUUCAUCCAAUUCCCAGCCUUGGCAUCAACCCGCAACAUGAUUCGGAUUCAAGGUGUGGAAGGGCUACAUGUUGAGCGGACUGUUAGGGACAUCAUGUCACUAGUACGAACCCCACAGAACUUGUUCCACAAAUUCAUACUGACUUAACUAGACGGGCCAAUUUUACAGUGCGUCUUGGUGGAUUCAACAUGCAGAUACCAUGCGAAUGCCAUCCAACUUCGACAUUCGGACCAUGCUUUUCGAUAUCUGUGCUAAUUCUGAUGCCGAUGUCUCCUUUGACAAGCUAACCUUUGCUAUCACCGGAUCCGAUGAUGCUGUGAAAGCUGCUUUGAUGGUCAUUUCCGAGAUCAAAUUUGUUGCACGUUCCCAAUACCAAAUUCGGGUCAAGAUCGAGUUGGCCAAUGAACACAAGGAAUUCGUUAGUGGCAAGAAGAAUGGCAAAAUCAAUAAAAUCAUGGGUCAGAGUAGCGUGCAAAUUAUUUUUGACGGCUUCAACGAGUACAACUUCAAUAUCGAUGUUUGCGCAGGAAAUUACGAAGCCAUGAAAUCUGGGUUGAUGUUGGUGGAACAAGAAAUGCCGGCCUCGAUUUCGUUCCAUGUCCCAGAUCAAUAUCACAAGCGCAUUAUUGGCAUUGGAGGACAACACAUUCAACGAAUCAUGAAGAAGCACUCUGUCUUUGUAAAGUUCUCAAACGCCAUGGAUCGAGGUGGCGUUGGUAGAGAGGAUGAUGAUAUCAAGGUUGACAAUGUCAUCUGCCGUACCCCAGCUCGUAACGCCCAAAAUUUGGAGCUCGUCAAAUCCGAAAUUCUGGACAUGGUGGACCGAGUCGACUCGGAGUUCACAUCCCAAGUCGUUAACGUCGACCGUCUCUACCAUAGACAACUCAUCGCUCGCCUUGGCCAAAUCGAAGAGCUCGAGAAGAAAUGGAAUUGUAGAAUUCAAUUUCCCAGCACGGAGCAAGCUAGCGACGACGUCACAGUAAAUGGUCCGGAAUGGCAGGUUCCUCAUUGUGUAGACGAAUUUCUUGGAAUGGUUCCAGAUCACCACGAACUGGUUCUUGCUCAAUCGCCCGAGUUGAAAAUCUUCCUUAAUUCGAAGCAGUUCAAGGAAGAUCUCAUUCUCAAACUCAAGUUGCAAUACGUCGUCGAAGUGCAAGUCAAAGAAGAUGAGGCUGAGCGCACAGAAGAUGGCGGACCUACCACCACAUUGCUCUGGACUUUCACUAGAAACAAUGCUGGUGGUGUACGGGACGCCAUAGACUUCCUGACAACCAACAUGGCCUCGGCCAGCAUUGAGGUCACGGUUGUCAAGGGUGCUAUCCCACGUCCAAAGUCUGAUUCUUUUGAAGAAUCUCUUCAAUUCUUUGACUCUAAGCUUCUUCAGCACGCCCCGGCUCCUGUUUCUACGGACUCUCCAACCAGAUCUGCAUUUGGAGAUGAUGUCGCCCGUGAACGCAGUACCAUUUUUGAUAAACUCCGCAAACCCGGUAGCAUGUCUUCCAUCUCCUCUUUUCUUGAUCGCCGCAAGAAUAGCUCACACUCACCAGCUGGGUCGUUCUUCAAGAACGGCUCCAACAACGUUUCCAAGUCUUCUUUGAUCUCCAUAGAGUCUACUAGAAGCUUCAAUGCGGACCGCAAUCCCUGGAACGAUAGUGGCGUCAAUUUGCCCGAGGACGACACUACUCCUUGGCCAACACGUCAAUUUGGGAAUGGAAGUGGUAGCAGCCAUGACCACAAAUCCCUACAAAUCCAACACCCAGGUGACACCACACCAAAACACAUCAUGCGAGGCUCCACUGAUAGUGGUCGCCCAUCAACUUCUCAUUCUACCUCAGGAUACCCAGGCCCAAUCGGGCCACCGCGUUAAAUGAGACCCUUGUUUCCUCUAUUUCCUAGAGUCAUGGAUAUAUACCCUGGCGCGCAAUACCCCAGAUACCAGCUUGUGCUUUUGUUUCUAUUUUCGACUUUUUUCUGCGUUUUUCCCUGCGAUUGCUUUUUGUGUUUCCUACUUGCGAUAUGUGUUGGUUGCUUUUUACCCGAAAGAAAAAAGCGAGAGCACUCGGCGUCCCGUUGUCGACAUUUUUACUUUAUUACUUGAGAUUAUGAUACAGAGAUAGAAGUUUGCGUCGUCUUCGGAAAGAAGGAAGGGAAUACCAAUUUGAUUUGGCUUUUUUUGUUAUUUGUUGUUAUGGGUGCUUUGAGGCGCGAGAAUGGGAACUUUUUUCAAAUUCUUUUUCUUUUCAAGCUUUUUGCGUUUUCACUCUUCUCUACUCUUUCCCUUUCAAGUGGUGGCAGGUGGAGGUGGAAUCGAUAGCAGGAUGGAUACGAAGAGUUGACGAUGAUGGGCUUCGAAAGGACGAAUCUUUCUUUCCUUUUCGCGGCUUCGGCUUUGGAUGCAGGGACGAUGACACACACUACGUACGUUACUGGGACUUAGGGGGCACAAUUUGGGAUGGAAGGGGGGAAUUGUGGUACACAGCGUUGGUGCGUUGGUUGGGGGGAGGGAAUUGAAAUAGUGGGUGCAUGUUAUGAUACCCUAUGCCACAGUGAGAAGAAUGAAAAGUUUUCCUUGAAUA